CCUCUAGCUAGAAAACGAUGCACGUGAGUGUCUCGUUCAGAGGUUUGACGAAAUGUAAUUUACCUUUUCUCCUCUCUGGUCAAAGUGAAGUUAAUAAGCGUGUAGUUUGUAGAACACAUCGACUUGUUUCAUCUUAUAACGUUGAGAAAUCUCGAAAUCGUCGUUUUUGUUUUCCACGGUGUCAACAGAGCAGCCCGACCAUGGAGCAGGCAGCAGCUGCUCCAGGGACACCGGCGGAGGCAAACAGCCCGGCGUCUACUCAGAGAACCACCGCUAGCGAGGCGGCAGAAACCGGCAAACGUAAAAGCGACGAGCCGGUCGAUCCAGAGGCAAGUGGCCGAGGGAAGAGGAGGAGAGGAGCUGGGGGGAAGAAGCUACGUCCGGGCGAGCGAUACAUCCCUCCUCCGCAGAAACGGAACCCCGGCGUCAGCUUCAGCCAGGAGCAUUUCAACGAGACUUCCUACUACUUCGAAGGUGGCCUCCGCAAAGUUCGCCCAUAUUACUUUGACUUCAAAACCUACUGCAAAGGUAGGUGGAUUGGGAAGAGUCUCCUCGAGGUCUUCAAGAGUGAGUUCAGAGCUGAAUCCAUAGAGUAUUAUCAGAGGGCUGCCAAAGAGGGUCGCAUUCGGCUCAACGAGUCACCUGUGGAGGACCUGUCUGUGGUGCUCAGGAAUAAUGACCACAUGAGAAACACUGUCCACCGCCACGAGCCACCUGUGGUCGGCCGACCCCUGGAGGUUCUGGUGGAUGACGGUGAAGUGCUUGUGGUCGACAAGCCUGCCUCAAUCCCAGUCCACCCCUGUGGUCGUUUUCGCCACAACACAGUAAUUUUCAUCCUGGGGAAAGAACUGGGCAUCUCUGAGCUUCACACUGUCCACAGACUGGACAGACUCACCUCUGGAGUGCUGCUGUUUGCCAGAACUUUGGAGACAUCAAAGAAACUGGACCAGUUGGUGAGAGACAGGCAGCUUGAAAAGGAGUAUGUUUGCCGAGUGGAGGGGGAGUUUCCAGAGGGUGAGGUGAUCUGCGAGGAGCCCAUCCUGGUCGUGUCCUUUAAAAUUGGCCUCUGCCGGGUUGAUCCUAAGGGAAAGGAGUGCCGAACUGUUUUCCAGAGCCUUAGCUUUAACGGAAAAACCAGCGUUGUCCGCUGUUUACCACAUACUGGCCGUACACACCAGAUCAGGGUCCACCUCCAGUACCUGGGCUUCCCCAUCCUCAAUGACCCCAUCUAUGGUUCCUCAGCAUGGGGUCCUCACAGGGGGAAAGGGGGACAGGUGGGGAAGAGCGACGAGGAGCUGCUACGGGCUCUGGUAGAGGAACAUCAGUCUCAAGAAAGUCUACACCUGUUGGAUUUACCUGAUGACGGCUUUGGGAUUGGACAAGAGGCUGAGAAAAACAAGACAUCUGAGAAAAUAGUCAAGUCAGAUGGUAUGACUGAACCUGACAAGAGUGGAGAAAGUCAUCAGACACCGCCUGAUGCAUGCGGUGGCGACAAAAAGCUAGAUACACAGGAGUCGACAGGUUGCAGCUCAAGCAGUGAGACAGUAAAUGAGGUGAGUCAGUGCUGCACAGACCCAGACAGUAACAGCACUUCACUCCAAGAAACUCAGAGCCAUGUACCGAUCAGAUCAAAUGGAAAUCAGACAGAAGCAACUGACUCUACCCAGAAAACUCAGUGGAGUAGAGACCUCCUGUGUAGUGAAUGUAAGAUAGUAAGACCAGAUCCUACGGAAAAGGAGCUCAUCAUGUAUCUCCACGCGUUACGCUACAAAGGACCUGACUUUGAAUAUUCCACACAUUUACCCGAUUGGGCCAAAGAAGACUGGGUCGAAGCUGAUUAGAGCCAACCUGAUGAACACUAAUGAUGACUUUGACAAUUCGGUCACUGCUGUCAUGCAUGACAUGGAAAAGUGUGACCAGAAAUCCUUCAAGACACUUUGAUUUUUGCUGUAUUUCUUUUGACAGUCUGUCAGUAGCUUUUCUGAAGGUGGUACAAAGUAAAUUAGUUUUUGCAUAUGCUGCUUCCACUAGAAUUGAACUAUCUUUUCUCUUUGGCUUCAAACUGUUUAUGCCUUAAACAAAAAUUGGAUUUUUUUUCUCAUUUUACUUUGAGGACUGUUUUAAUGUCAAGAAUACAGUUUAAUUUAAUUUCAUCCUUUGAAGCCUGUAAUCUGCCUGGUAGUCCAACCAAAAAUUCAAAUAAAAUAAAAGCCAGUCU